GUUAUUUAUUCUUUUCUCUGACUGCGCAGGAACCAACCCUGUGAUGCAGAAUUAUAGGACUAUAGAGCUAAGGCUGCUCAGCAAGGACUCGUGCCGCAGUGUUUCUUCUUUCACUUCCACCGACACCAGUUUCUCCGGGACCAUCACUCCACCCAAGAACAUCUCUCGUUCUGGUAAAUAUAUUUUACUUGAGACUUUAGAAACACCCUGUACAAAUCUUCCUAAAUCCACAGGGACUGUGACGACUCCCCCAACAGGCACCAAAUCCAGGCGUUCUGUGGGAAACCGAAUCCGUCACAGCAACCCUACCAAGAUCCGCCAGAACAAGAUGAGGGUCAUCAGGAUGUUGUUCGUCGUGGUCCUGGAGUUCUUCAUCUGUUGGACCCCGGUCUACUUGCUGCAGACGUGGAUGGUGUUCCAUGUACAAAGCGCUUAUCAGGUGUUCACACCACUGACCAAGACACUGUUUCACCUGCUGAGCUACGUGUCGUCUUGCUGCAACCCCAUCACUUAUUGUUUCAUGAACAAGAAGUUCAGGGAAGCUUUCCUCAGGGUCUUCCAG